UGAACCGCAAGUGAUUUCGUCCUUGGAACACAUAUCAAGCCCAAAAACGUAUAGAACACUCACCAGAAGUUCACUACCCUCCCACCACCAUGAGCAACGAUCUCGCCCAAGAGUUGAAGCGGCUUCACACGCCCGCGUCGCCCAUCGUCUUCGCCAACGUCUGGGACCUCGCCUCCCUCAACGCCGUCCGGUCCCUCAACACGCCCGAGUCCACACCGGUCAGGGCCAUCGCAACCGCGUCCUGGGCCAUCGCGGCGGCCCUGGGCGUCAAGGACGAGGACCUCACGCUCGAGCAAAACAUGGCCGCCAUCGCCCAGAUCGCACCCGCCGCGACGGCCGCCGGCCUGCCCCUCUCCGUCGACCUACAGGACGGCUACGGAGAGCAGAUUGAGGACGUGGUCGCGUCGGCGGUCGGGCUCGGGGCCGUCGGCGCCAACAUCGAAGACAGCAUCCCCUCGGCCGGGUUCGGCAGGGGUAUUGACGGCUCGCUCUACGGACUCGAAGCGCAGGUCGUCCGGUUGAGGCGGGCGCUGGCGGCGGCGCGCGCGGCCGGGUGCGCCGACUUCGUGCUCAACGCGCGGUGCGACGUGUUCCGGCUCGAGCCGUACUGCGCUGAUGACGAUGAGACGGCGCUGAGGGAAGCGGCGCGGCGCGGGCGGGCGUACUUGGAGGCCGGGGCGACGACGGUGUUCUUCUGGGGCGGUUCGGGGCGGGGACUCCGGACGUCGGAGGUCCAGGUGCUCGUCCGGGAGCUCGGGGGACGGGCCAGGCGCGCUUUCGACGGCGCAGCUGGCCGAGAUCGGAGUGGCGAGGAUCAGCGUCGGGCCGAGCCUGUAUCUCGUGGCGAUGGAGGCCGUCAAGGAUGCGGCGAGGAGGAUUCUCUCGGGGGGGACGUUGGCAGCGUGAGCCAUGUUCAGUUCGUAUGUUCAGUUCGUAUGUCACGUAUCGGCUACCGAGAUUGCGAUGAGGCUUUGGAAGUCUUUUGUUGUUCAUGAAAAAUGCAUGCCGCUUGACGCACCAAUUUGGGUCAAUUUUAUAUAUACAGUUUUGUUUCUGUCAACCGAUCCAUUUGUUUC